AUGGAAUAUGUGUUGAAACCAGGCCAAUAUUUGCAUGAUAUUGAAGAAUCAGAAACGCUUGAGAGUUUUACACGUCGCGUAUGUUCCAUGAAUGUUUAUAGUUUGUUUUUUGAUUAUGCCACUGUUAUUUCGAAGGACAUCAAAGAUCCAUCGGCUAUUUGUGAACAGCAUGGAGCAUUAAAUCGAUAUAAGGAUAUUCAGUGCUUUGAUCGAACUAGAGUUAUAGUCCCGCAUGAAUCAGGCAAACAUAAUUACAUCAAUGCUAAUUAUGUGGAUGGAUUUCGGGAAGAAAAGAAAUUUAUUCUAACGCAAUCACCGAUGGAAAAUACAGUGGAGUCAUUUUGGGCCAUGAUUUAUCAGGAGAAUGUGGUUGAAAUUGUUGCAGUGAACGGUUUAUAUCCAGAAAAGACAUUCUUGUAUGUUCCAUUCAAAAAGUCAACUAUCGCCAUGUUCGGACCUUAUUCAAUCAAAUUUUGCGGAUCACAGUUAAUCCGGGAUGUUUAUGAAGCGUCAGUACUAAAGUUAAGGAAAGGAGAUGGUCAAGAACGAAAAAUUCUUCAUAUAUGCUUUUUUGCAUGGCAUGACAAAGGGACGCCAGAAAGACCAACUGAAAUGCUUUAUUUGAUGUCCGAUAUAAAUCACAAUCGGGCGUUGUUCACUAAGGAAGCGGAAAAAAGCGGUUGGCUAAAAAAUGGACGUUCACCAAUCGUUGUGCAUUGUUCGACGGGUGCGGGUAGAAGUGGCACAUUGGCUGUGUUGGAUAUUUGCUGCCAUAAAAUGGAUUAUACCGAAAAAUUAAAUGGUAAUGCGUUAGUGGAUGUUCGAGAUACGGUACUCCGUAUCAGAACACAGCGUGACAAAGCGGUUACAAAACCCGAACAGUAUCUUCUGUUACAUUUACUUGUAAUUGAAUAUGCGUUACGCCAGAAAUACUAUGAUAAUGUUGAUUUCAUUGAUUUUUCAAACUAUACCAGCGUUGCGUGA